AUGGCUUGCGGCGGUGUGGGGUCGCGGUUCGGAGGCGAAACUCCAAAGCAGUUUGUGCCGCUGUUUCGUGGACAAACAGCUGCUCAGAUUUCGUUGGAAAAGCUCCGGAGACACCUGGCACGAUCCGGAGCAGGCUGUCCCGAGGCAUCCACACGCAGGCAGUUUCAACAGGAGACAGACGAGAGGGAGUUCCCGAAGGCAAAGAAGCGAGGGCAGAGCUUUCUUGUGGCAGUCGUUGAUCGGGAGAGACGUGCAGCGGUGAUGAAGAGGUCUACUAACGAAGAAGAGACAGAGAACUGCGAGGCACGCGGCAGGAUGGCUGCAACAGGCGCAGGCAGCGAGGGUGGCGAUCAAUGCCUCGACGGUUUGAACGAGCAUGAUAUUUCUCUCGGGCACGUCUCCACAAGAAGUAAUCCGCUCCAUGGGAGGGAAGGGCGCGAUGAUCACCGAAGGACGCCUGUUGAAGUUCUGUUCGCUCCCGUUGGUGCAGAGCGGUGGGAGUCGGUGUGGCAUGGCGUCAAGUGUCUGUGCUAUUCCCUGCUCGCCACGGAGAAAGGGAGAAAACUUCGAGAGAUUUCAGCGCCGGUGCUGAGGAGCGAUACCAACCCGAGUCUACGGGAAGGGCAUGUUGGCAACGAGAAAGAAUCCACACAUGGCCAGUCGAGAUCGAGAUUCCGGUCGCUUUGUCGCGCCCUUAGUAGUUUGCCGCGCUACGUGGCAUCCGCGUUCAUGUCGAAGUUCCACUACGUCGUGCCGGGAGGCAGCCAGCUAGCUCCAGAUACAACCCAGGUCGCUUGUAACAGUGCACGCAUGAACGCAGGAGGACUGCAAACCGGAUCCAAGGGAAAUGUGAGCGAAGUAGCGACUGCCCAGGCCGACGAGGCAAGGCAUUUGCUUCAUCGCCUCGCGGCAAUAAACUGCGACAAAGACCUCGUUAUGAUUCACGAUGCUGCGAGGCCGUGCGUGAGAGAGGAGGACCUUGAAAAUGUAACCUCAGAUGCUGAGAAGUUUGGAGCUGCUCUUCUCGCUGUCCCGGCUGUCUCAUCUAUCAAAGUGGCAACCGCAGACCGGCAUGGGCGCCUGUGCCCUGCUUCGCCGUGCUCAGGAGAGAAAAGCGUUACCCGGGGGAAAGACCCCACAGCAGCGGAUCGAGACAAAGCCACUGGACACGAAGACUUCUUUGUCCAGCGAACGCUUCCGCGUCAUCUGCUGUGGGAAGCCCAAACCCCACAGGUAAGGACACACAUUUUCUGCGCACGUGAGGCUUAUUAUGAAGUGCCGACUGCUGUGUACUUUUCCUGGGCAAGACACCAACGCACAAGACAUCACCAUUCUUAUGUCUGCCAUCAGUAA